UAGCUUGACGAAGAUCCAAUAAGUUUAAGACUUCUUUUUUAUUUUUGAGGUAGAAGAUAAGAUUUUAGAGUAAUCUAUGGCAGAAGGCUUGGAGGUACUAUAAAACUAUUAAGAAGCAAAGGAUCCCUUUGCUACUCAUUAAGUUAGAACUCCAAAAUUUAGGGCAGGAUCUCUUUCCCCUCCAAUCUCUGAGUUUGUUGUAAUUGAGCCAUGGGAUUGAUUCAGAAUCUGCUGAACUUAGUGAUUCCCCCAAUCACUGUAGUUUUUAUUUUUCUCAUUCUACCUUUUCUCUCCUUUUUCAAGUUCAUCCAUUUUAUUCUCAGACAUCUCUUCCCUGAGAAAAUGAGGGGAAAAGUUGUUCUCAUCACUGGUGGUGCUUCAGGUAUUGGAGAGCAUCUGGCUUAUGAAUAUGCAAAGAAAGGAGCAUAUCUAGUCCUUGUUGACAAAAGAGAGGAGAGACUUGGGAAAGUUGCAGAGAAGGCUGGUCAACUUGGUUCCCCUGAUGUGUUAGUUGUUGCUGCAGAUGUGUCACUUGUUGAUCAAUGCAAACGAUUCAUUGAUGAAGCUGUGAAUCAUUUUGGCCGAUUGGAUCAUCUAGUAUGCAAUGCUGGGAUUGGUAGCUCUUGUACAUUCCAAGAUAUGCCUGAUGUUACAAAAUUUUUACCUGUGAUGAAUGUAAACUUCUGGGGAUCAAUCUAUCCUACUUAUUUUGCAAUUCCUCACCUCAAAAAGUACAAAGGCAAGAUCAUUGUGAAUGCAUCAGUAGCUGGGUGGAUGAUUACACCAAGGGCAAAUGUAUAUGGAGCAAGCAAAGCUGCAUUAAUAAAUUUCUAUGACAAUCUGAGAAUCGAAGUAGCCCCGGAGAUUUCGAUAGUGGUAGUUAGUCCUGGUUUUAUAGACUCAGAGCUUACCCGAGGGAAACACCUAACCAAGAAAGGGGAAGUUGAAGUUGAUGAAAAACUAAUAAAGGCGGCUGGAGGAGUUGGAAUUCCAAUUGAGAGUACUGGGGACUGUGCAAAGGCUAUUGUGACUGGGGUGUGCCGCGGAGACAAAUACAUCACAGUGCCAUGGUUGUAUAGCAUGUUUUACCUCCUAAGGAUCUUCUGCCCUGAGUUGGUUGAAUGGAUUUCCGGCUCGCUGUACCGUACCAUGACUAGAGACUAGAGACUAGAGACUUGAUGAAACUAUGAGAUAUUAGAUGCCAAUGGACAGGUGAAGAUUCCUUAUAUAGAAUUUAUAGGUGAAAAGACAUCCUCGUUGUAUUUAAGGAUGUUGUUAAAGAUGUUGAGAUGUUCAGAGUUAAUAGAGUUGUCUUAUAUCGAUUAUCUUAGACUUUGGAUGUGCCUUUAUAUGUUAUUGGACUAUGUCUAAUUAAUAAUUUAAGUUUUGGGUUAGUUCCCCCUUCUCAAGGUGUAUUUUGUAGAUUUACUUUACUUAACAAUGUAAGUGCAUUGGCGAAUAAACUGGUUAUCUCCUUUGUAUUUUA